AUGUAUUAUAACUACAAACAGUUCCACUCGUCUGUUUUUUUGGCAUUAUGUGGUGCCAGGUAUGCAUUCACCUACGUCAAUAUUGGUAGUUAUGGCGGUAUGAAUGAUGCCAGCAUUUUCAAUCGAUCAAAGUUGCAUGAAGAACUUCAAAAUGGCACAUUUCCCUCGCCAGUACCAGAAAACUCAAGACCAUAUUUUAUUUUGGGGGAUGAUAUAUUUCCCCUCAAACCCUGGCUGAUGAAACCGUAUUCAGGAAAAGAUUUGUCCUUCGAAUCAAGGGUGUUCAAUUACAGGCUCUCAAGAGCCAGGAGAACAAUUGAAAAUUCAUUUGGGAUUCUAGCAGCACGAUGGAGGAUAUUCCGUCGCCCAGUCCGUGCCAAUAUUAGCACAGUUGAUGACAUUAUUAAAGCCACGUUGUGUUUGCAUAACUACUUAAUAAAAACAGAAAAUGCUAGGUACAGCCCAAGUGGCUUUGUGGACUGCUAUGAUGGAGGUGAGCUUGAAGAAAGAGAGUGGCGCAAUGUGGUAGAAGGUGACAACGGCAUGGGAGCAUUACAGGCAAAUCAUGCUAAUAACUAUUCAUUUGAUGCUAAAAUGAUCAGAGACAAUCUGCGUGAAUACGUAAACUCUGUAGAUGGGUCAGUAGCAUGGCAAAAUGAAACAGUUUCCUAUUGUGGGCGAAAGACAUAG